AUGUCUUUAUCCAAGACGCCUGAUCUGUCAGUCGCUGCCAAUCUCCUCAAAGGCUCACCGUGGGAGAACUUACCAUUGGAAAAGCUACCUUGGUACUCACCUGAGAUACAGGAGAUAACGCCUCAGGCCCAGGAGCUAUUCGAAAAGUACUCCAACGUGGAGCCCGAGAAAGUCAAGGCGCACAUCAAGGAGCUGAGAGACAAAGCAUAUGUCGUGUUUCCUUACCCAUGCCUUGCCCGUUGGGCCUUUCUCGAACUCAGUGUCAGUCUCUCUCGACAGUACGGCGAGGUCCUCGAACGUGUAAAGAACGGAGACAAAUGUAAGUGGAGCGUUGCGCAUCCGGUUCGACUAUACUUCGGUGCUAAUCAAUCUCUAGAUCUCGAUCUCGGAUGCUGCGUUGGCCAGGACAUCCGCAAAUUAGUCUUUGAUGGCGCCCCAUCUGAGAACACGUACGGCUCAGACCUUGAGAAGAACUUCAUGGAAAUCGGCUACGAUCUCUUUCUCGAUAAGUCGACCUUGAAGACUACCUUCAUUGCCGCAGACAUCUUCGACGAAGAUUCCGAACUGAAGCAGAUCGCCGGCGAUAUCGAUAUCAUCCACGCGGCAUCGUUCUUGCACCUCUUUGACGAGGAAGGGCAACACAAGUCCUGCAAGCGUAUUGUCAAGCUGCUUAAGGAUGAGGAGGGGUCCCUGUUCAUUGGACGACAAAUUGGGAACGUGGAGGCCGGAAUUCAUGUUGGCUCGAUUGACUCGAGCAAGAAAAGGUUCAGGCACAACCCGCUGACUUUCGAAGAGCUGUGGAAGAAGGUUGGAGAGGAGACUGGUACGAAGUGGAAGGUCGAUGCGUAUCUUGAAGACCAGAAUCUUCAUGCCUUAGCGGAGAAGAUGGGCUUGGAGUCCGCAACCAUCCCUCCAGGCUCAAAGUGGCUGAGCUUCGCGGUACGUAGGGAGGCAUGA